CAGGUCUCCCCCUGUGUCUUUGUAAUUAAUUGAAUGCCAUACUUUCUACGAAACCUUCCCCCCCCAGCUGCUCCACUGCCAAGAGGCAGGCAGAAAACCAAACCAAACCAAACCAAACCAAACCAAAAAGUUUGCAUUUUUAUUUUUUACAAAGAAACCCUUCCCAUUCAUACAUCUCUUAUUUUAACGUAAAUGUCGAAUACUUGCGCUACCGGAUCACUCGAUAACAUUGACCAGAUCAGGGCCCAAGCGCCAGCCCUCCAUGCGCUCGGAGUCUGUGCUACCUGUAUCCUGCGCAGCGCCCAAGUGCCCCUUGGGCCAGCCUACUUUGGCACCACCGACUCGAUCCACCAAGCGCUCCACCUCCCACCGCCAUCACUGCCGUCCCUAUCCACCCCUGUGCCCUGCCCGAUCUGCCUCGACACGCUCUCCGCCGCAAUCCACAGCCAAAUAACCACCGCCUAUAUUGCCGAGUGCUUCGACAGUCCCACCCUGUGCAUCACCAUAGAGUUCCCCAAAAGCAUCUAUAUCCGGCAACGCUCCCUAGCAAUCCACACGGGCCGCGCCCCGGUGGAUAUCAAGGAUACUGUAAAGUACGUCCUCGGCAAUAGGCUCUAUCAGCAGACAGACAACCGGGUGCGCAUUGAGAAUGAGACCGGCGAAGUGCGCGUCGAGGUGGGAUUCAAACAUGAGGAAACCGCCAUGGAGCAUCAGUUCCUUGUUGACCGUGAGGGGUCCGGGAUCAAAACCAAGACAUUCAGGAAAAAGGGUGUCUACCAUACCACUGGCGACUCCAAAACCGCCAUUCUCGACGAACUGGACAAUUGUGGCGACGCUGUGAUCCGGGAGAAAUUCGCCUCGCCACCACCCGCCAUUAAGCUACCUGUGGAGUUGGAUUUUUUAAACUUCAAGCGCCCAUCCUUGUUUAUCGGCGGACGGUACUUGAAGCUCGAGCGCAAUAUCAGCCAAACUCCCUUUGUUAUUGAUGGCCGUAGGGUCACUGAGCUUUCGGUUUCUGAGGUUAUCGGGGAGCCCAUUCAGAAGCUCGUUCGCUGUGAUGCGUACAACUUGGUCGGGUCCGGGCGCGAGGACGCCGAUGUGCGGAUGCUCGGGGAUGGCCGGCCAUUUUACCUCGAGUGCAUCAACCCGCGCAUCAAGAGCAUAGCCCCAGAGGCUGUUUCUGAGAUCGAGAACCAGCUGCGCGAAACCAAAUGUCCUGUGCAAGUCCGCCGCCUGCAGGUCAUCCAGGCCGCAGCUACGAGCAUCAUAAAGGAGGGCGAGGAACAGAAGACUAAACAUUACUGUGCCCUGGUAUGGUUCGCCCGCCCGCUGGACGAAACUACCUUGUGUGAGAUUAAUCGCUUGGGAGAGGCGCCUUUGGUUCUGCAGCAGAAGACCCCCCUGAGGGUGCUACAUCGGAGGGCACCGCUGACCAGGGAGAAGACCCUUGUGGGGCUGCAGGUCGCCCAUAUUGAGGGUCACUUUUACCGCGUGAGGAUUGAGUCUGAGGCCGGCACGUACAUUAAAGAGUUUGUCCACGGGGAUAUCGGCCGCACCACCCCGUCCCUGUCUUCCCUUGCAGGCAACAUCACCGCCGAUAUUAUCGAACUAGACGUUGAAAACGUCUCUCUCGAUUUUCCACCAGCAUCUCUGAAACAAUAGACCAAAAAAAAAUAUAUAUAUAUAUAAGA